GGAAUAAAUAGCUUUUUAACAAUCAGGAUUAUACUGUGUUAAACCAAUCAUAUUUGGAUGUUGAUUUUUUGUAAAAUAGGAUAAAAUGAGUCAGUUAACUACAAAUCAUGUGAAGGAAUCAACUACAUGAAGAUACUUAACUGAGUAACAAAUCGUAUGUGUGCGUGUGUAGGAAUGUAUGUAUGUGUGAGAGAUUGAUAUGAAGGAAUAAAUAAAGUUCAAAUUCAAGGAUGAAAAAUUGAUAAUGAAACAUCGAUGUACAUGUAACCACAUAGAAUAAUAUUGUCCGACCGGCCAUUUUUUAAAAAAAAAAAAAAAAAACCCCACCCCAUAAAAAAAAAUUUUGCACCCCCAAAUUACAAUAUUUUUCAUCCCGUGUUUCGUCCAAUGAAACGGCUAGUUUCAAAAAUUAGAUUUAAUUGGUUAGUUAUGUCUUGGAAAUUGUUAUAAAUUAUCAGUACUUGUCGACGAAGCACAAUCUCAGUCGUCAUUAUGGAGCAGAGUAACGUGCCGAGUACAAGCGCUGGUGUUUCUCACGUAACGGAAAUGGAGGAAGUCUUUUUGACUACCUUGUUUCUGGUUGCGUUUCCAUCGGUUGAAGCGUUAAAGACCACUAUCACAAAUUUUGAAAGAUCGACUUACAGUCAUUAUGUAGUGAGAGAUUCGCAUAUUGGCAGAGAUCAAAAAUCCUACAUUAAAUUUGUGUGUUGGCGAAAUACAAAAAGCCUAACAGUUGAUAAAUUUGAUACAUAUUUAUCCGGGUUAAAUUGAAAUAAAUUUCCAUCAUUAUCAUACAUAAGAGAUUUACUCAGCUUUUGUUUAGUAGUAUGAUUUGUUUUAGCAACCACAGUACUGCAAAAAUUCAUAAAUUUAAUACGACAUACCAGAGAGAGAUUAGAUAAUAUGCAUGAUGCCUGAGUAUGAAGUUCAAUUAGUUUAUUCAACAUGCAUCGGAAAAGGUAAAACUGGAGUUUUACAAAACUUGCAUUAGUACACACAUAUUUCCAAGACAUUUCUAUAAAUUCUUACAAUCUAAUAAGUUACAACCAAAUGUGUCUAAUCUUUUGCGGCUGGCGAAAUCUCAUAAAGAAAAAUGUAAUGAUAUGUUGAAUAAACUAAUUGAACUUCAUACUCAGGCAUCAUGCAUAUUAUCUAAUCUCUCUCUGGUAUGUCGUAUUAAAUUUAUGAAUUUUUGCAGUACUGUGGUUGCUAAAACAAGUCAUACUACUAAACAAAAGCUGAGUAAAUCUCUUAUGUAUGAUAAUGAUGGAAAUUUAUUUCAAUUUAACCCGGAUAAAUAUGUAUCAAAUUUAUCAACUGUUAGGCUUUCUGUAUUCGAGAAAGAAGCUCUAUCACUCGGAUUUAAUUUUUCCGUUGCACAAACGAAGAUUUCUGAUCUGUCGAUAGAUGCUCAAUUUGAAAAUCUUUAUGAUCAGUUGAACCCUCUUGUUCCAACCACCCUGGAUAAGAAAAAUUGGUUAAAGGUGAAAUUGGUUGACGUUGCCCACCACUUUCACGGAUCUCAAGUCAGACAAAGGAGUAUUUUGACUCCUAAACAUUUCGCUGCGUUAAAAAACCUCCAAAGUAGGUCAGAUAUUGUGAUUCUCAGACCUGACAAAGGUUUUGGGGUGGUCGUUAUCAAUAAAUGUGAAUAUAAAGACAAAAUGUUAUCUAUACUGGGUGAUCAAAAAAAUUGGAAUCCAGAGUGAAGUCCAAUCUAGUAAAGCUUCUUAAAAUGAACGUCAUAAACAACGAGGAGUUUAAGAUACUAAAACCGUCGGGUUCAGUUCUCCCGAAUUUAUAUGGAUUACCUAAAAUUCAUAAACCUAAUAUUCCAUUACGACCAAUUUUGUCUAUGCGUGGUUCUCCCACACACGAGCUAGCUAAAUGGUUAGUAAAACUGUUAAACUCAAUUCGUACUAAUCUAUGUAAGUUCUCUUUAAAAGAUACAUUUGAACUAAUUGACUUUCUUGGUGACAUUAAUAUUAAAGAUAAAUCUUUGCAUUCAUUUGAUGUAAACUCCCUCUUCACGAAUGUACCAUUAACAAAGACGGUGGAUUUCCUUUGUGACUAUAUUUCAAAAAACUUUCCUCUUUUUCCUAUUCCGUUACCAUUUUUGAAAGAAUUACUUUUAUUAUGUACAGCUAAUGUUCAAUUUACGUUUGAUGGUGAAUAUUUUCGACAAGUUGAUGGUGUAGCUAUGGGUAGCCCUUUAGGGCCUCUCUUAGCUGAGGUAUUCAUGUCAUAUGUGGAAAAUAUGACGAGCGACCUCAUUGGUGAGACAACUCUAUAUAGAAGAUAUAUGGAUGAUAUUCUAAUUAUAUGUGAUAAGGAUUUUGAUGUUUACCGAUUACUGGAUAAACUCAAUGGUGUUCAGAACGAUAUUGUGAUGACACAUGAAUCAGAAAGUAAUGGCCAACUAGCCUUUCUAGACAUACUCUUAAGUCGAAGGGAUGAUGGCACUAUUAGACGGUCCGUGUACAGGAAACCAACUUGGACGGGACAAUACUUAAAUUUCCAUAGUUUUGUCCAUUGCAAUACAAGAGAGGUCUAGUUAAGUGCCUCUUUAAGAGGACUCGAAGAAUAUGUACCUCUGAUAUGGUGGAAAACGAUGAAAAGUUACUGACUGACACUUUAAUAGCAAAUGGUUAUCCACUCAAGUUUAUUAAUAGGUGCAAAAGUCAGUUAAUGCCAAGACCUCUAAUUUACUCAGUGCCAAAGAAAAAGGUCUAUAUCAAUCUACCAUAGAGAGGCGAAUCAAACAGUAUAGUUUUAAGGCAGAGAUUGAAAGCAGCCAUCGAGAAUACGUAUUGUGCUGCUCAGUUGGUAGUGAUUGAAAAGUCUAAGGCCAUGAUUCCUAAUAGACCCAAACAAUGCACUAAUGAUUACGUCACAUCCCAUUGUAUUUACCAAUUUACAUGUUUGUGUGGACACACAUACAUAGGGAGGAGUAAUCGAACAAUGCAAUCAAGGGUCAAUGAACAUGUGCCCAGAUGGCUUCAAAAUCAGUGUGUGUCAAAUGAUCCGAUUAAUGUAGGAGGUAGAAAACCAAGUUCAUCGAUAGCAAAACACAUAAUUGAGACGGGACACAAAAUUAACAUUAAUACAGCAUUUAGAACGUUGUAUAGAAAUUGUCAAGGUCGAAUUCUUAAGUUUAUUGAAGCCUUAGCUAUUCGUAAAUUUAAACCCCCCUUAUGUGUACAAAAACAAUUUGUCGUAACCUUGAAUUUACCUUGGUAAUCCUUAAGUCAUUCUAUGGCCUAGGAUAACGCGACAAAUUCUUAUUCUUUCUCCCCCCUUAGUUAUUUAAUUGUACUUUUAUUUGUUUGACCUUUAUUAAUUUUCAUAUAAAAAUGCCUUGACAAGUAUAUGUGUGACCAGAUUGUUCGAAAUGUAUAGCGCAAAUACAUCACAUUUUUCAGAUCAACUCCGUCUUCUUAUUGUUCUAUCGAAAUAUAAUAAAUUAACAUCGUUAGUGUACAAACAAAUAGUACGGUGUAUUAAUACAGGAAAAACAGAAACAAAUAACAUACCGAACAGUAGCCAGAGAAUAGGAAAAAUGAGUCAACAAGCAAAUAUUGUUUUACAAUGAACAUCAAACUGUGAUUGGUUAAUAAAGAGAUACAGUCAUACAAG